GAGGGAGGGUGAAAGAGGGCGACAGGGCGGGCACCCUGGCGGAGCCCAGGUGCGCGUCCCACGUGCGCGCACGCGGCCCCAGUGGGAUCGUCCUCCCCCGAGCCUCAGAGGAAGAAGAAACUGAGUAAAUGAAAAACAUGAAGCCAAAUAGAAUCCCCCUUUGUAUUGUUUCAAGACAGGGAAGUAAAAGUAAACCAUUGUUGUUUUUUUCCAGUGAUAUCCUGGGUUUUAUUACUGGACACACCCAGUUUUUCUAAUACUCAUGAUGUCAGAAGGGAAAGCUCCUGCGAAGAAAAGACCUCGUAGAAGUUUAUCAGCCAGUAAAACUAAAACAAAAGAAUGUAACUCUAUUAUUUCAUUUUUUAACAAUGCACCACCUGCUAAACUUGCCUGCCCUGUUUGUAGUAAAAUGGUGCAGAGAUAUGACUUAAACCGGCAUCUUGAUGAAAAGUGUGCUGGCAAUGAUGACAUCACUCCAGUUGAUCAGAGGCAUGUUGACUUAACAAAUUCACAUGUGCCUACAGUAGAUUUAACCAAUAUUGUCUUAGAAGAUGUAACGCCAGGAAAGUUGUCACCAUCAAAGAUAAGUUUAACCCCUGACCAAAGUGAUUCAGCAAAAAUGGGUGUAAAACAGCAGACCAGCCCCUACUUUAAAAAUAAUGAUGAUUUGGGGUGCAAAAAUCAAGAUAAGCUGAGACAUCAUAAUGUGAAAGUCAUUACUUUGGGAAGCCUGUCAUCUAAAUUGUCCAGAAGAUACACAGAGGCUAAAAGGGCAAUAGAUAAGAAUGAGGAAUUUGCCAAUAAGAGUCCACAGAGUUCCUCAUCCACAGUGGUUAGGACCCUGGUUGAUAACUGUUCAGAGACUGAGGACAAGGAUCAAAUUUUGGAGAACAGUUCUCAAAAGGAAAAUGUGUUUGCCUGUGAUUCUCUUAAGGAGCAGAGUACACCUGAACAUACUGUAGAAGGCACAAAAAUAAUGGAAGCUGAAAGCCAAAAGGCUACCCAGGAAUAUGAGAGAUCACCCCUUGGCCCUGCCUUCUCAGAUAAUGCUGCUAUGUUAUUUUCACCAGAUUUAACUCUUGGGAAUACACUGAAGUCUACUUCAGAGCACAGUCUUGCAAAGUGGGAGAGCAUCAAAGGAGUAGAUAAUCAAGAUGUUGAAAAAUGUGAGGCAGGUAGUUGUGAAGAAGUGAAAGUGACUGUUGCUUCAGAAACUAAAACACAGUUGUCAAAUUGGGAGGCAAAGUCUGAUAGUUCUACACAUGAUGAUUCUAAAGGGCAUAACAUCCAGGACCUUUCUCCGGAAGGUGACAGUGACUUAAAGAAUGAAAUCACUUGCGGAAUUCCUUUGGAGCAGGGGUCAAGCUGUGAUGUUCCUGGUAAAACAAUUACAGUACCACCAAGUCAUCCUUACUACCUUCGGAGUUUCCUCGUGGUGCUGAGAGCUGUAUUUGAGAAUGAAGAAGAUAGGAUGCUCUUUGAUGAACAUGAGAGGGGAAUUGUAACUAAAUUUUAUCAAUUAUCAGCUAGUGGUCAGAAGUUAUAUGUAAGACUUUUUCAACGUAAAUUUGGCUGGAUUAAGAUGAAUAAAUUGGAAUAUGAAGAGAUUGCUCCUGACUUAACACCUGUGAUUGGAGAACUGCAGCAAGCAGGUUUUCUGCAGACAGAGUCUGAGUUGCAAGAACUCUCUGAAGUGCUUGAACUGCUUUCUGCUCCUGAACUAAAAACCCUGGCCAAGACCUUCCACUUGGUGAAUCCCAAUGGACAGAAACAGCAACUCGUGGAUACCUUUCUCAAAUUGGCCAAACAGCCUUCAGUCUGCACUUGGGGAAAAAAUCAGUCCGGAAUCGGUGCCGUGAUUUUAAAAAGAGCUAAAGAUUUGGCAGGAGAGUCACUGAGAGUCUGUAAAGGCCCUCGGGCUGUGUUUUCCCGGGUCUUGCUGCUAUUUUCAUUGACAGACUCCAUGGAAGACGAGGAAGCUGCCUGUGGUGGUCAGGGACAGCUUUCUACUGUGCUUUUGGUCAAUCUUGGCCGAAUGGAGUUUCCUAGGUACACCAUCAAUCGGAAAACCCAAAUCUUCCAAGAUAGAGAUGAUCUCAUCAGAUACGCAGCAGCCGCGCACAUGCUGAGUGACAUUUCUACUGCAAUGGCCAAUGGGAACUGGAAAGAAGCUAAAGAGCUCUCUCAAUGUGCAAAAAGUGAUUGGAACAAACUGAAAAACCACCCUUCCCUGAGAUACCAUGAGAAUUUACCACUCUUUCUGCGCUGCUUUACUGUCGGGUGGAUUUACACAAGGAUUCUGUCCCGCACUGUUGAAAUAUUGCAGCGACUUCACUUGUAUGAGGAAGCAGUCAAGGAACUUGAAAACCUCUUGUCACAGAAAGUGUAUUGUCCUGACAGCAGAGGCCGGUGGUGGGAUAGAUUGGCUCUCAACUUACACCAGCACUUGAAACGCCUUGAACCGGCUAUUAAGUGCAUCGCAGAAGGGCUGGCAGAUCCAGAAGUAAGAACAGGACAUCGUCUUUCACUGUAUCAGAGAGCCGUGCGCCUGAGAGAGUCUCCAAGCUGUCAGAAGUACAGGCACCUCUUCCAUCGGCUACCAGAAAUAACUGUGGAAGAUGUUAAACAUGUGACCAUCACGGGCCGGCUGUGCCCGCAGCGUGGGAUGGGCAAGUCUGUGUUCGUGAUGGAGGCUGGGGGGCCUACCGCCCCUGCCACAGUCCUGUGCUCUGUGGAGGAGGUGGCAUUGGCCUAUUAUAGACGCAGCGGCUUCGACCAGGAAGGGCACCUGUACCUGCUGACAGCUCAUCACCGUGCUAUGUGUGACCAAAUGGGGCUCAAGAGGAAAUGCACAGUGAAAGUGGGAAGUCCCUGUUUGGAAGUUGGGACUGGUCCGAGCAAGAAAAGACGGAGUAAAACACAGAGGUGUUAGCACGCUUCUUGGGUACUUCCUACGCACAGAACGGUGGAGAGUGAGCCCCUCCCUCUCUGGGAGGGUCCGUUAGCCUUUGGGGUGCCCCCCCGGUCUGUGUCCAAUGUGCCAUGGGGCGACCCUGCACUUGUUAGUGGGAGCUGCUCUGCGUGUCUCUGGUCACCCUGUGGUGAGCCUUGUUACAUAGCAGCAGCCAAGUCUUUUGUUUUUACUAAUUUACUUAUCUCUUGUGUUUUCUGGAAUUGCUUGUGUUUGUGUAUUUAUCCACAUCAGCCCCUCUUCCCCCUUAUUCUCUUUUUUGAUUCUGGUCUCAGAGAAUUAGUGCUUUAUCUGAGGCCUGUGUAAGAGGAGACACUGAGAAUUUGCCUUCUGAUUGGUACAGUGCGCUUGUCACUCUGUCCUUAGUGAAAGGUAGUAGUGACUAGAAUACGUCAAGUCAAACUGUGAGACAGGAUUGCAGAGAAAGCACCCAUCUGCCCCACCAGGGACAAGGGGGAGGCAGCACAGCUCUCCCGGAGAGGCCCGCUCCCGUCUUGUUUUCUUUUUUAAACUUUUUAUUAUGGAAGAUGUUGAACAUGCCUUUGUACAGAAGUGGAGUGGUGCAGUGAGCCCCAGGUACUGCCAGCUUCGUCCAGUCUUCUGUCCAUGCCCCUGCCUUCGGAUGGUGGAGGCUGACCCCAGACACUCCCGAGGUACCCACCAAGCCCUUCCUCUGUCCAGACGGGACUCCCCUGUGCCCAUGCAUGAGGCUUAAAAAUACUCUGAUACCUUAAAAUACGUGAAAAUCGGGACAUUAUUUCUCUUGAGUAUUAUGUAAGCAUUUACAUAAUAAGGAUGAGGAUUCAUGGAUUAAUGAGGAUCAUGAAGCAACACUGAGUGUUGGAAGUUAAGAAUAUCUGUGUGGCAUCUUUAUUGCUUACAGGGAAGAGAGAUGCUAUAGAGAAGAAGUGUGAACCCCAGUGAAGACAGAGAUAAACAGACCUGAAAGGUUAGAAAUGAAAGAAUAGAAUGAGCAGCCGUCCCCAGAUGAACUGUAGGAGAUGCAUGAACUGGGCAGUUGGGGGAGGAGGGCAUGGAUAUCAGGGCCUGUGGUGGGUGGGCUGUGAGCCAGACCCAGUGAAAUGCUUUCCGUUUAGCCACGAGCCUGAAAAACGGACGGAUGAUUCCAAUUCCAGAAUAUAAAAUAUUUUCUUCAUUUAUUAAAAUUGAUGCAGUGAAAAUGAGCAAACCCUUGCUGUCAGUCUGUUCGAGAGAAGAUUAGAGGGUAAGGGCAAUGUCAGGCUCUCUUCAGGGAAAUUUAUUUCUGACUUAACUCAGAAGGAGCUCACCAAAAAUGAUUUCACUUACAAUACAAAUGCAUGGCAUAGACGGCUUAGGAGUUCAGGGAUCCUGACCUCCAGCAUUCCUGCCUGGCCGGCGGAUAGUGCAUACUCCCAGACAGAAAGCAGGCUGGAAAUCAAGUUUCACACAGUUUCACUCUCGGCCGGGCAGGAGCCCAGGAUCCCAGCGCGCAGCUUGCUGAAGAAAAGGGCUCAGCUCCAGCCCGGAGGCCUGAGACACUUCAUGUUGUUCCUGUGGCUGUCCUUUCGCGUCUCCGAGACAGGCUGCAUGGCCGAGGGGCUAGAACUGAGAGAGGGACAGAAGGCACAGAGCCUCAGCAAGGCGGGACAGAGGGGGCCCCGGCCAUGCCACUUCCGGCAGAAGUUCUGGUCUCUGCACUUCCACACAGGACGCACGUGCAGGCACGGCCUGGUCUCUGCUCUCUGUGUCUUGUGCUGCACCGUGACCUGGCACAUGACAGAGCAGGGCCUCCCAGCCAGAAGUGCCCUUCUGCCUGCAUAUUGGGACAGGGUUGGUUGGGGGGGGGGCAGGCAGCACCCCCUUUUGGUCAAGGCUGUAAUGUGGGGGGAGAGAGGGGCCCGCCCAGCCACUGUCCCUGGUCAGGUGUGGCAAAGUGCAGAGGACUCGCCCUGGGAGACAGGUCUGCGUGCUGUGCCAAGGCUGAGCCCCUGGUCCCCCUGACUUUGCUAUGACACGUACAUGGCCUAGGCACAUGGUAGAUCGUCUGAGGUCGUCACCCAAUCAGUAUAGUUUGUAUGUGGUGUGAGGAAGGGGUCUGAGCUAGGUGGUCUCUGAGGUAGAAAGUUUCCAUAAGAGCUCUGAGUCUCAGAAACACUGGGCAUGCUUGUCCAGGCCAGAGCAGUGGAACGGUAGGUCCAGUGAGGUGAAUGGAGACGGCACCUGCUAGGUCAGAGGGCACGGACUCCUGGGUCCUUGUCUUUCUCCGAUCUCUUUUGGGGGGCCUUUCUGCAAGUGUGGCCAAGGGUCCCUACACCAGAGCCCUGUGUGGGGUUCUCGGCCCACCCACACUUACCAUAUUGAAUCCCUGCAGCCUGAGGUGGAAAUUUGUUUUUAUUUAGCCUUAAGAACUUUCCCUGGGUUUCUCAUUAAAGUUUGAGAACUGCCAGGUACUUUAUGGCUCUGAAAUGUGUAUUUGAAUUUUUCCAUAAUUUCUCAGAUUUUUGCUCUCCUAUGAGCCUUCUGUAGAAAAGCAAUGUGAUGUAAACAAAUGAGCUAGGAAUGGCAAGAAAACAGCAUUUGAUUUUGAACCUAAAAUCUAUUAUUUCCUUCACAUUGAGUAAGCAGUAGGUUAAGGUGGUAGUUUUUAAAAAACAGAAAAAACUGACCUUCCUCUGUGUGUGUAUGAUUUUG